AUGUCUGGCAGGUUUACCCGUCUCAUCCGCUUCCUGGCCAAAGACGGCCGCACAUACUACGGCGAUGCCAUCCUGCCCCAAGGCGUCAGCGACGUUGCCAAAGUCCAGCGCGCUCGCAUCAUCGAGGGCGACGUCUUGGGCAAGUAUCACGUAACGGACCAAGAAGUCGGCGUGCGGCUGCUGCUCUCGCCGCUGUCGCAGUCUCAAGUCGGGACGGUCCGAUGCUUGGGGCUCAACUACGCCAAACACGCCAAAGAAUCCAACCUGCCGGAGCCCAAGUAUCCCGUGCUGUUCUACAAGCCCGUCACCUCUCUGUCCGGCCCCGUUGACCCCAUCCCCGUCCCGUGGAUGGCGCAGGAGGGCACUGGUCUGGACUACGAGUGCGAGCUCGUCAUCGUCAUUGGCAAGAGGUGCACAAAUGUAACGGAGGCCGAGGCACUCGAUUACGUGCUCGGAUACUCCAUUGGGAACGAUGUCUCUCACCGGGACUGGCAAAUCAAGCAUGGGGGAGGCCAGUGGUCCCACGGCAAGGGCUUUGACGGCUGGGCGCCUUUUGGACCGGCCAUUGUGACGGGUGAUGCUGUCAAGGAUCCCCAGAAUCUGAAGAUCUGGACCAAAGUGAACGGACAGACGGUUCAGAACGGAAACACAGCAGACCAGAUCUUUGGUGUGCGAAAGACGAUAUCUCUCCUCAGCCGCGGCGUGACUCUGAUGCCUGGCGACGUCAUCUUCACUGGUACUCCCGAGGGCGUGGGAAUGGGUCGGAAGCCGCAAGUCUGGCUCAAGGACGGAGAUGUCGUCGAGGUUGGCCUUGAGAAUGUUGGCACGUGUACCAACAAGGUGGAGUUUGAGGCUCCCAAGGCUAAGAUCUAG